AUGCAGAUUUCUAUUUCAUUCAUUCGACACUCCUCAUCCUUAAUUGCACCCAGAGCCCCUGAUUUCCCACUCAAAAGAUUCCUCUUUUUCAGCAAAUACUCAUCAAUUCCAGCUCAAGAUUUUCUCGCCCAUCUGCAGAAAGAUCAAUCCCAUAUCGAGAAAACCCUGGACACGGUGAAAUCCGAUCUGGAUUCUCGAUGCAUCGCACAAGUGUUGGAACAUUGUGCUAUUGAAAAGCCCAAAUUGGGCAUCAGAUUCUUCGUUUGGGCUGCUCUUCACCCUACACACAGACACAGUUCGUAUAUGUAUAGCAAAGCUUGUAAGCUACUGAAUCUUGAGAAAAACCCUAGAAUUAUUGCUGAUGUUGUGAAUGAAUAUAGGGCUGAGGGUUUUGCAGUCAGUAUUAAGAUGUUUAAGGUGCUAUUGAAUUUGUGUAGAGAAGCUCAAGAUGCGGAGAUGGGAUUGUGGGUUUUGAGGACGAUGAAGGAGUUUAGGUGUAUGCCUGAUACGGUGUCGUAUAAUGUGGUAAUUAGGCUCCUUGUGGCAAAGGUUCGAUUAGAUGAGUCAAUGGGGUUGUUGAAAGAGAUGCGUUCCAUUGAUGUUUAUCCCGAUAUGGUUACCUAUGGUUCCAUCAUUAAGGGCUUCUGUGAUGCUGGAAAUUUGCUGGCUGCUCUUGGAUUGGUCAGCGUUAUGAAAGGGCAUGGAUGUGUGCCCAAUUCCGUAAUCUAUUCGACCAUACUCGAUGGAAUUUGUAUGCACGGGAGGUUGGAUGUGGCGUUGAGAUUCUUAGAUGGAAUGGAGAAGGAGGAGUGUAAGCCAAAUGUGGUGACUUACACUACUAUGAUAAAGGGCUUUGUCGACAAAGGAAUGACGAAUGAGGCGCUGACGAUCUUGGAUCGGUUGUAUGAUUCAGAGGUGAGACCGAAUAGGGUGACAUUUGUUACUGUGAUUGAUGGACUCGUCAAAGAAGGGCAAGUGGAGGAGGCUCUUAAGGUGAUUGAUAAGUUUGGAGGAGAUGGAGUUCGGUUUGAUGAGCUUUAUAACGUGCUUGUCUUGUCUCUAUCGCGAGCAGGAAAGCAUAAGGAGUCGGAGGAGAUGUUUAGGACGAUGCUGGCUCGUGAGCUGAAGCCUAGUGGCUUGACAGCAAGUAGCAUCAUAAAGAGAGUUGUUUUGGAUGGGAGGGUGCUUGAUGGAUACUUCUUGUUUCAAGAAGUUGAGAAGUUGGGAAAUGCGGUAUCCAUUGAUCCUGAUGUUUUCUCGAAGCUACUGACUUGCCUUUGUCAGGAGAAUCAUCUCACAGAAGCUGGAAGGGUGCUUGAUAUCAUGGUAAAGAGAGGGAUUCAUCUAGAUCCUGAACAUUUAGAGAAACUUAGGAGUUGAAAAACCUUCAUUGUUAGUUGAAGGCCUAUAAUUUAGAAAAAGAAAAAGAAUGAGAAAUCCUUGUAUUUUGGCAUGUUUGCAUUGCUAGAGUUAUGAUGUGGUUGCUCAUAGUUUCAUAUUGUUGCUUUCAUAGAAAGGUUCUCAAGUCACUGGCUUCUCUUGCAACAUGUUUUGAAGAAAGAAGUUUUGCUUGUCUUUUUCA